AUGAGCCAGCAGCAGCAGCAGAUGCAGCAGAUGCAGCAGAUGAGCGGCAUGGCGGGCGGACCAGUCGGCGGCGGAGGAGGAGCUCAACAACAGCAACAGAUGAUGAAUGCGGGCACGCCGUCGAGUGGCGAUGGUAAUGCCAUCAGCGCCAUCAAGCGGCUGAACACCGCCAUCUACGACCACCUACUGCGACAAGGCAUGUACGAUGUCGCGCGCGCCUUCCUCCACACCAAGGUCGACAUGGAACUCGACAACAAGAAGUCGCCAAGCCAACGUGGUCAGGCGAAUGGGGUGGGCGACGAUGGCAUGGACGUCGACAGUGCUUACAAAGACCGACCAGAUGACCUGCCUGCCCCCGCGGCACUUGGCGAAGGACCUUUCUUGCAAGACUGGUGGUGUCAGUUCUGGGAGAUCUACUGGGGCUAUCGUGGCAGGGGCAAGGAGCAGACGCAAAACUUUAUUGGCCACCAAAGACAGCUGCAAAAGGCUCGGAACAACAUGAUGGCCACUGGCGGUAUGGACGCGGCCAGUAUGCAGCGCAUGCAGCUCAACGGCAAUAUGAUGAUGCAGGGCGGCAUGAACGCCAUGGGCAUGCAGGCCGACCUAAAGCGCACCGCCAUGCAGAACCGGUCCAACACAAACAUGACCCCGCAGCAGCUCCAGCAUAUGCAGAACCAGAUAAAAAUGGCCGGCAGCAAUCAAAUGGAGCGGUCGGGUUCGCAGAUGGAUAUGAACGGUCCUCGUUCCAACUCUCCUGCCUCUGGCGAUCAACCUUCACCUAAACGCCAACGCACCGACGCCAACGGCAACAUGACUAUCAACCGUCCUGGUCCGCCAGGCUCAAACAACGUGGGUUUCCCUUCCAGCACACCCCAGCCCAGCACACCAAAUGCAAACAUGCCCACCCCCGACCCCAACAGCUACGCCCACGUCCAUGGCUUGCUGAAGGCCAGAGGCAUCGAUCCGAACGACGUGUCGCAAGAUCGCAUCUUCCAAGUUGCUCUGCAGCCUGCUGACCAUCGUGUGAAGAGCGUCGAUGCCUACUCAGCCAGUAUCCAACAAACCAUGAAGUCCAGUCUUAACAAGAUGUCUCAGCAGGGCGUACCACCGAACAUGGCCGGCUCGCCAAUGAAUCCUGGUAUGGACACCAACAACAAUGAGUUCUUCCAGGCUGCCAAUGGCCGAGGACCGGGCAGCAUGCCGCCGAAUAUGAUGCCGGGUGGCCCCAAUGCUGCUGCUGCCGCUGGCCAGAACGCCAAUGGUAGCGGUAACCACGCUUUGCAAGACUAUCAGAUGCAGCUCAUGCUGCUUGAGCAACAGAACAAGAAACGGCUGCUCAUGGCUCGACAGGAGCAAGAUAGUAUGGCUAACCCUGGUAUGCCAGGUGGAGGUGGCCAAUUCCCAGGAGGUAUGAGCCCUGGCUCUCAAGCACGAGGCGGUGAUCCUUCGCCAAACGCUGGCGAUGUCCGACACGGCACACCGAAGAUGUCCAAAGGCAUGUCACCAAAUAGCGGCGACAUGGCCGGUCGCGGCUCGCCUCAGCCUGGUAUGAUGCCGGGUAUGGGCAACGAUCAGAUGCGACACAUGAUGGCGCCCAACGGCCAGAUGAUGCGACCGCCGUCGUCACAUCCCAUGGGACCUCAAGGACAACCUCUUGGACCGGAUCAGAUGGCUAUGUUGCAGAAUCCUACUGGUCGGACGAUGAUGCCUACUGGACAGCAAUUUAAUCCGAACAUGAUGCCUGGACAGCCAGGUGGACCGCCUGGUCCUAACAUGACGCCCCGAUCGCAGACUAUGGGUCCGCCACCGGCGCCUCAGAGUGGGACGCAGCCAAGUAGUCCUGCGCAGCCGCCUGCUCCACCAACGCCUAGCCAGGGUAACAAGGCGAAGCAUGGGAACAAGAAGGGUGAUGCUGGGAAAAAGGGCAACGCAAAGAAAGGCGGCCAAACAGGCGCGACUCCGGCAUCAGAAGCUUCAGAACAACCGCCUACGCCUACGCCCGCCACGCCCGCUACACCACAUAAUCCCAACAACGCUUUCGCACACAAUCACAACAAGAAUCUGCAGAACGGUAACCAAGUCGGUCAACAGAAUCGACCCCCCAUGCCACCUCAACAACAAAUGCCACAAGAUCUCAACAACCCCUCUUUCGGCCACCUCGGCGCGACCGGCGGUCCUGGCGGAGGUCCAGACGAUUUCGGCGUGGGACUCAACAUUGGCGACUUUUCGAAUCUGGAGGGCACGGAUGUGCUGGAUACUUUCGACUUUGACACGUUCCUCAAUAAUGAUGGGGAUGUUGGUGGAUUUGGUGGGGUGGGGUUUGCGGAUCUGGCUUUUGGGGAUGGUGGGGGACUUGAGGCGGGGGGUGGGGGGUUGGGGCUUGGAGAUCUGGGCGGGAAUUAG